AUGGGUGCAACGAUAUCUAGAGAAGAAUUGAUUUAUAAUGAAAAGAUUAAAGGUAAAGAGAAUGUUAAUUCCGCAUUGGAACCAAAUUUUGAUUGGGUCAUUUUUCCAAAGAAAAUUCAGGAAGGUUUUAGAACGCAUUCAACUCAUUUUGCACUUAAACAUAUUUGUAAUGGAAAUUUUAAAGCACCUUUAAUACAUCAUCUCAAAUCAGGUUCAAAAAUUUUGGAUGUGGGAUGCGGAUUGGGAUUAUGGUGUGAAGAGAUAGCUAAUGAAUUUCCGGAUGUAAAUGUGUUUGGAAUAGAUUUAAUCACAAAUUUUUCGUCAAAGAUUAAGCCUUAUAAUUGUAAAUUUCUUGCCGGAAAUGUUAUAUUUGGAUUACCUUGGGCUGAUAAUACUUUUGAUUAUAUUUGGUCAAGGGAUUUAUUUACCGAAAUUAAAGGUAAAAAUUGGUUAAAUUUGUUGCUAGAAAUGCAUAGAGUUUUAAAACCUGGGGGUAUCAUAGAAUUUCAAGAGAGUGACGGUUAUGCAUUGUCUGCGGGACCUUUAUUGAAAAAUGUUCAAUCUAAUCGUUUACACGAGGCAUUAAAGUUACGGGAUAUAGAUUUUAGAAUUGCGUGUAGACUUGGUGAAAUUGUAAAGUUGGCUGGAUUCGAAGACAUAAAUGAAUCAUAUCAUUCGAUACCUAUCGGAAAGUGGGGUGGUAAAAUAGGAGAAAUAUGGGCGUCCAAUUUAAAAGAGUCUUAUCUUUCAAUGCAACCUUGGAGCUAG